AUGUUCUCCUUCAUGAAGAUCGCUACCUUCGCCGCCCUCGCGUUCGGCACCCUCGCGUCGGCCAUCCCCGCUCCUGCUCCCCUCCCCAUCGCCGAGGCCGGUGCUCUCGUGGCCCGCGACGCCGAGGCGACCCAGGACGUCACUACGAUCCUCACCAACUUGAACAGCCAGCUCCAGGCUCCGACCACUCAGCUCAGCAGCCUUACGGCUGAGACCGCGACGCCGGCCAAGGUGAACGAGAUCGUUCUCAGCAUCAAGGUGAUCAUCGAGGCUGCCACCGCGGCGUGCGGCAAAGCCUCUGGAGUCGGCUCCGGCAACAUCCUCGUUUUGAUCUCGAUCACUAUCAACCUGGUCAUCUCGGCUUGCAACAAGUGCUACAGUGUCUGCACGGACAAGGUCGACAUCCUCGUCAUCCUCCAGCUCCUUGACGUUGUUCUCGCUGCGCUCUUGACCAUUGUCCUCAAGCUCGUCGGCGGUCUCCUCACUGUUGUCAUCGGUCUCCUUGUUGGUCUCCUCGGCGGCGUCGUCCAGCUCCUCGUCGGCCUCAAGUUCACGGCGUGCCUCAAGGUCCUGCUCAUCCUCUGA